AUGGAUAAUCUGUCAGUCCAAUCAGAUGUAAACUUUGGCUUGAACUGGCUUGCUGUUGAAAUUGUGGGCGCCAAUGCCCUCGUAGCAGUAGAAGGACCAUCACACCCUAGAGUCAGAAGCCUUGUAAUUAAGGUCGUCAAUCAACCUGAUGCUCUUCGCAGGAUUGCUGCAAUGGUCACCUUUGAGAAAAUCGGUAAAUAUUUUGUGGGCUUUCAGCCAGUAUGCGCUGCUCUUUUAAGAGGGUUAAUACCACUGGCGGAACUAGAGGUUAAGAAUAAGUGUCAGAAGAAAGCCAUAGCGAUUUUCAAGGAGGAGAUGAAAAAGCGCAAGGAUGGAUGGAAUGAGGCAAAACCGAGAAACGAUUUAAUGGAUUAUGUGGGCUGUGUAUUUUAUAGCCAAAUAUACCCCAAUGUUUUGAAAAAGCUUGAGGAAGAGCACAAAUUUAUCACCAAAAAUGGAGGUAUAAUUACUAGUGAUGCCAACCAAAAAAUGAAAUGUACAACCAAGAUACAUGUCAUUGACAUCAUUAAUCGUCCAUUUUAUGCAAAGCUUGAAGUAGUGAUCAAAGAUGAUGUGCCUAUGCAUGUGCCUACGGUAACUGAAGGUGAUUUUACUGUGGUAACUGAAGAUGCCACGGAAACAAGUCAGGGUAGAACAAGGGAUUCGGGCCAAGCAUCCAAGAAGGAAAAUGAAAACAGCCAAGCCGUCUUACCCUGGGUCAUAUUUGGGGCAUUGGCAGUUGGUGUGGCUGUUCCUACAACCAUCUAUGGAGUUGUGGUUUUCACCAAAAAGAGUGGUGACACUCUUGAAAGAACUGGAAUGACCCACAUUGGCAACAAUUUGUCAAUGUGGACAACAGGAGGAGUGGCUGUCAAUUUUUUAACUACGGUAGUGGCACUCUUGGAGAGCUCACCAGCUUUGAGUCUCACCACUUCUUUUGGUGAAAAUGACAAUGCCAUACAUGGUUGCUGCGGCAACCACACAAAUUGCCAUAGCCCCAAAACCACGACGAAGCUUCCUCCUGGCCACAUGGGGAUUCCAUUUUUUGGAGAAAUGCUUCAUUUUCUUUGGUAUUUUCAGGUUAUCCUUCGGCCUGAUGACUUCAUUAACAAUAAAAGAGACAAAUAUGGUGAUGGAGAAGGAUUGUACAAAAGCCAUCUCUUUGGUUCACCCUCUAUAAUUGCAUCCUCUCCAUCAGCUAACAAAUUCAUCCUUCAAUCGGAUGCAAACUUUGGCAUGGGAUGGCCUGCCACUCAAAUUAUAGGCAACAAUUCCCUUCUUUUCCUCCAAGGAUCAUCACAUGCAAGGAUUAGAGGCUUAGUUGUGAAGGCCAUUAAUCAACCUGAUGCCCUCCGCAAGAUAGCCGUUAUGGUCCAACCAAGAAUAGUUGCAGCCCUUCGACUAUGGUCAGAGAAAGGGAGAAUUGUAGCAUUGCAAGAAGCUAAGAAGGUUACUUUUGAAAAUAUUGGGAAGUACUUUUGCGGGUUCGAGCCAGGACCCCAUUUGGAUACACUUGAUCAGCUAUUUGCGGGUAUGAUCAAAGGAGUUAGAAGUCAACCAAUUAAGAUUCCAGGGACUGCUUAUCAUCACGCCCUCCAGUGUCGGAAGAAGGUCAUGACAAUUUUGACCAAGGAGAUAAAUAAGAGAAAGUUUGAAGGCAAUGCUGCAAGAGCUGAGUUUGAUUUGUUGGACCAACUCUUGAACCUAAAAGAUGACGAUGGUCACCAAUUACAAGAUGAAGGGGUGCUUGAUAACAUUGUAGGCCUAAUAAUUGCUGGCUACGAAUCCACUUCACUUUCAAUUAUGUGGAUUUUGUAUUAUCUCGCCAAGUACCCUAAUGUACUAAAAAAGCUACGGGAGGAGCACAUGAAUGUUGGUACAAAUGGUGAUUUCAUAACACGUGAUGACAUUCUGAAAUUGCAGUACACAAACAAGGUUGUGGAAGAAACAAUAAGACUAGCCAAUGUAUCAGCAUUUGUUUUCAGGACAGCUAAGAGGGAUGUUGAGUACAAAGGAUACAAAAUACCUAAAGGAUGGAAAGUAAUCUGCUGGCUACGAUACAUUCAUACAGAUCCAAAAAAUUUUGAAGAUCCAUUGUGUUUCAAUCCAGAUAGAUGGAACGAACAACCAAAGCCUGGGACAUUCUUGGUCUUCGGUGGGGGUUCAAAGAUUUGUCCAGGAAAUAUGCUUGCUCGAAUGCAGGUUGCUAUUUUUAUCCACCAUCUGGUUGUAGGAUACAGGUGGGAACUAGUCAAUGAAGAUGCAGAAAUGAGUUAUCUCCCACAUCCAAGACCAAUUGAUGGGGUUGAGAUUAACAUAAGCAGAACCUAAUAGCAAAAGAAGCCCGCUGUUCUAUUUUGUGCUUCAUGAUCUUGUUUGGAGUUUUCAGCCUUAAUAAGUCUCUUUUAAGAAGUCAUCACGUUUGCAGGCCCUUUUCUUCUUCUUUCUUUUUUC